AUGGAACAAGACUCAAAUAAGCAAGCUGAACCUGAAGUUAACAUUUAUUUAAGUGAGACACCAACAAUAUCUCUUUUUUGUCAGCAAAGCUCUGUUGCAUCUCUUGCAAGUGCCGAAGCUGAAACAUUAAAAACAUCAAAUGAGCGUUAUCAUACAUAUCAACCAACAUCAACACAAGAUAGAGGCAACCUUACAUUCCACCUCUUUACUAAAAAUAAAGAUACACAAACAGAUAAAGUAAUUAAAAAUGAUGUCCAAAUUCAACUCGAUUCUCAUCAAUUAAUUCUUACAAACUCAAAUCCAUUAGAGCGUAAGAUCAAGCAUGGACCUCUUGAUCGUCUCAGAGAAGACUGCCAUCCUUUAGCAUCAAAUCAAUGGCAAUCUACACCAGAAAAAACACUUCUUGAUAGCUCAGCACGCAUUGAUUUCGGUCCUAACUCAAAGGAAAGUGACCAAACUCUCCAACAGUUCAAAGAUUUCGGACAUAGUUUAUUCGUUAUCGAAAGAAUGGUACAACAGAACAUCCACCUCGAGAAAAUCUUAGCGUACUCAUCUCCAAAUUGCACGAGCGAUACACAAAAUGUCGAAAACUUACUCAAAUUCCACUGUUCACAGACAUUUUCAAGACCAGUUACAGAUUUAUCAUUCAACUAUCAGAGUGUCAACUUUUUCGCAGCUGCAUAUGGCGAAGUACCCGAAAAUAUGCUCUCCCAGUACCAAGGGGAGCCUUCUACAGGCUUAAUUUGCGUUUGGAACAUUUUGAAUCCAGGACAACCAGAGAGAAUCAUAGAAACAGCAUCAGUUCCUAAAUCUAUUGUUUUCUCUGAUGGAGUUCCAUAUCUUAUCGCUGCUGGUUUCGCUGAUGGAUCCAUUGGUUUAUACGAUAUCAGAAAUAUUAAAUGCGAAUGCAUUGCCAUGUCCACAGUUGAAACAGGUUCCCAUGAAGGCGAUGUCGGAGAGGUAGUUUUCCAGCAGAGAACAGAUACUCGUGUCAGAUCUGAAGCAAUUGUUUCAGUUGCAGCCGGUGGAAGGGUCACACAAUGGACAGUUGCUAACGGCCUUGAACAUAAAGACCUUGUGACCCUCAAGAAGCUGAAAACGGCCGGAUCUGAUGGUGAUACUCAAACUUUACGAUAUGAAGACUUACAUUGUGUCAGUUUCUCCACUUCUCAGCCGAAUAUAUACGUUGUAGGCUCAGAAGAUGGCGCCUUAUUCGUUUGCGACACUCAGUACAAUGAAGAUUUCGUACAAAAACUUUUAUUCCACUACAGAUCUGUUUUAACUGUGAAGUUUUCACCGAUUGCUCCAAACUGGUUCAUUUCCGGUUCAUGCGAUGGCAGUGCCGCCAUUUGGAACACUCAGCGCCAAACACCAGUUUCGGUUUUCUACUUGAACAAGGCCAAUUUCAACUCCAUCAGUUGGUCUCCCAUUUCUAGUACUGUUUUCGCUGCUGCUUGCAGUGAUGGCGAGUGCAGGAUAUGGGAUGUUUCCGUGGACAGCGUCGAUCCAAUCGCUAAACUCAGCACAUACGAGAAGAAAGAGUUCACAGCUGUUGAUUGGUCACCUAAAUUACCUGUUUUCAUUGCUGGAAGCACUUCUGGCGUUGUUUACUUGUCGAAGGUUGUUGGAAUUGCUUCUUUGGCUAGCGGAAAGACAAGAGAAGAAGAAAAAGCUCGCUUUGAAUCAGUUAUACAAACAAUCUCUAACCAAGAAUAA